AUGUCGACCCUUUUCUGUGUGUCACUUGUACCAGUUUUAAUGAUUAAUGUCACACGCACUGCCUCCGACUAUAAAGAAGUAUUGGCAUACAUGGGACUCAUAAUUGACAAGACUACACCUUACAGUGUUGCCCGAGUGCUGGUACUUUUCAUAGGUCUCUUCAAUGGAUCCCUGAUAGAGUAUCUGUCUUGGGGCCCGGAAGUCAUCUAUCGCGACUUGAAGUCUUUGGAACUUCUUCACUUCAUGCGGAAUAUCGUGAUUGCGCCCAUAACUGAAGAGCUUACCUACACCGCAUCUAUUUUGGGCCUAUAUGGUCCGUUUCUCCAUUCUCCUACAGCAUCCAAAAUAAUAUACCUGUCACCACUUCUGUUUGGACUAGCUCACAUCACCCACUCUUACGAUUGUUGGAGACAUGACAAAGUGCCUAUGGCUACCAUUUUGGCAUCGUUUGUUUUCCGUACGCUGUAUACAACGUUCUUUGGAAUCCUUACAAAUCUUAUUUUCGUCAACUCGCGUUCGGUCUGGACCUGUGUGGCCGCACAUUGCUGGUGCAACUUCAUGACUUUCCCACAGUUUACAGUGGAGGGGCCUGUAUGGUGGCAGACACUCUACUACGCACUGUCGCUAGCAGGAAUCUGGUUUUUUGCUACAUACUUUAACACAUUGACUACGUCAAACUGA